UCCCUGCAGGAUGCUCCCUGACACUCCCUGACUCUCCCUGACAGCUGGAGGCCAAAGGGCAGGGCCACCCACAGGGUAAUGGUUAACUAGACCAACACUCAUCUGUAAGGAGUGACUCCAGCUUGCUAAGACUCCAUAGGAUGCAGUGGGUGAAUGUGCUUGGGGGGGUAGUGGGGGGCGCUGCCCUCUUAGGGCUGGGGAUCAUCUUGGGCCACUUUGCCAUCCCCAAAGGGGCCGAUGUACCAACUCCCAGCAUCUUCCAGGACCUGGAUCUGGAGAUCCUUGAGAGCAUCAUGCAACAGCUGGAUGCCAGCAGGAUCCGAGAGAACCUUAGAGAACUCUCCAGGGAGCCUCACCUGGCCUCUAGCCCCCAAGAUGAGGCACUGGUGCAGCUGCUGCUGCAGCGCUGGCGGGACCCGGAGUCAGGCCUGGACUCAGCUGAGGCCUCCACCUAUGAAGUGUUGCUGUCCUUCCCCAGUCGGGAGCAGCCUAACCGCGUGGCUGUCGUGAGUCCCACCGGGAAUGUCCUCUUCUCCUGCCGCCAGAGCGAACAGAACCUGACUGGGGAGCAGGGGGGGCCCGAUGUGGUACCCCCAUACGCAGCCUAUGCUCCCCCGGGAACCCCACAGGGCCUCCUGGUCUAUGCCAACCAGGGAACAGAAGAAGAUUUCAUGAAGCUACAGGCUCAGGGCAUCAAAUUAGAAGGCACCAUUGCGCUGACCCGAUAUGGGGGCACAGGACGUGGGGCCAAGGCUGUCAACGCUGCCAAACAUGGGGUCGCUGGGGUGUUGGUGUACACGGACCCCGCAGACAUCAAUGAUGGGCAGAGCUCCACCAAUGAGACCUUCCCAAACUCCUGGCGCCUGCCUCCAUCAGGGGUGGAGCGAGGCUCCUACUAUGAGUAUUUUGGGGAUCCCCUGACUCCGUACCUUCCAGCCAAUCCCUCUUCCUUCCGCCUGGAUCCAGAUACUGCCUCUGGAUUUCCUCCAAUUCCCACUCAACCUAUUGGCUUCGAAGAUGCAAAAAUCCUUCUCUGCAACCUCCAAGGAGCCUCGGCCCCAGCUGCCUGGCAGGGAGCACUGGGUUGUGACUACAAGUUGGGACCUGGCUUCCAGCCAAAUGGUGACUUCCCAGCAGACAGCCAGGUGAACGUGAGUGUCUACAACCGCCUGGAGCUGCGGAACUCCUCCAACGUCCUGGGGAUCAUCCGUGGGGCGGUGGAGCCAGACCGCUAUGUCCUGUACGGGAACCACCGGGACAGCUGGGUACACGGGGCCGUGGACCCCAGCAGUGGCACGGCUGUCCUCCUCGAGCUCUCCCGGGUCCUGGGGACCCUGCUGAAGAAAGGCACCUGGCGUCCCCGCAGAUCAAUAGUGUUUGCAAGCUGGGGGGCCGAGGAGUUUGGGCUCAUUGGCUCCACAGAAUUCACUGAGGAAUUCUUCAGCAAGCUGCAGGAGCGUGCCGUGGCCUACAUCAAUGUGGACAUCUCCGUGUUUGCCAAUGCGACUUUGAGGGCUCAGGGGACACCCCCGGUCCAGAGCGUCAUCUUUGCGGCCUCCAAACAGAUCCCCGCACCAAGCCUGGGUGGCCUCAGCAUCUAUGACAACUGGAUCCGGUAUUUCAACCGUAGCAGCCCAGUCUAUGGCCUGGUCCCCAGCCUUGGCUCUCUGGGUGCUGGUAGCGACUAUGCACCAUUCAUUCACUUCCUGGGCAUCUCCUCCAUGGACAUCGCCUACACUUAUGACCGGAGCAAGACCUCAGCCAGGAUCUACCCCACCUACCACACAGCCUUCGACACCUUUGGCUAUGUGGACAAAUUUGUGGACCCCGGCUUCAGCAGCCACCAGGCUGUGGCCCGGACAGCAGGGAGUGUGCUUCUCAGGCUCAGCGACAGCCUCUUCCUUCCUCUUAACGUCAGUGACUAUGGAGAGACGCUCCGAAGUUUUCUGCAGGCUGCCCAGCAGAACCUUGGGGUUCUAUUGGAGCAGCACAGCAUCAGCCUGGUACCUCUGGUGACCGCAGUGGAGAAGUUUGAGGGGGCAGCUGGGGCCUUGGAUCAACGCAUAUCAGCGCUUCAGAAGGCCACCCCUGACCCCCUGCAGGUCCGGAUGCUCAAUGACCAGCUUAUGCUCUUGGAACGGACCUUCCUAAACCCACGAGCCUUCCCAGAAGAACGCUACUACAGCCAUGUGCUCUGGGCACCCCGCACCGGCUCCGUGGCCACAUUUCCAGGCCUGGCUAAUGCCUGCUCCAGGGCCAUGAACACAAGCCUUGGAUCUCCCGCCUGGGCUGAAGUGCAAAGGCAGCUCAGCAUCUUGGUGGUGGCCCUGGAGGGCGCAGCAGCCACCCUAAGGCCUGUGGCUGACUUCUGA